ACCCUUCUUCCACCUCCGUCCGUCGACUCUCUCCUGUCGUGGGAAACGAGCCGCUUCUCUCCGUCGAUGGCUCCGGUGAAGAAGAAGAAGAAGCCUCUGGAUAAGGCGAAAAAUUUGGCGAAGAAAUCGGAGAAGAAAGACAAGAAGAGAGUCAACGCAGCGCCUUUGGAUCCGGAGGCUAUUGACUGCGACUGGUGGGAUACUUUCUGGCUCCGAAACUCUUCUCUCUCAGGUGUUUCGAUCCCCUUAGACGAAGAUGAUGCGUUCAAGCACUUCUUUAGGGCUUCUAAGACGACCUUUAGCUAUAUCUGUUCGCUCGUCAGGGAGGAUCUUAUCUCUAGACCUCCCUCUGGACUCAUCAACAUCGAAGGAAGGCUUCUCAGUGUUGAGAAACAAGUCGCCAUUGCUCUUAGAAGGUUGGCCUCCGGUGAUUCUCAGGUCUCCGUCGGAGCUGCCUUUGGUGUUGGCCAAUCCACUGUUUCUCAGGUUACAUGGCGAUUCAUCGAGGCACUUGAAGAACGUGCCAAGCAUCAUCUUAGAUGGCCAGAUUCUGACCGAAUCGAAGAGAUCAAGUCAAAGUUCGAGGAGAUGUACGGUCUCCCCAAUUGCUGCGGAGCCAUUGAUACAACGCACAUCAUCAUGACUCUCCCGGCUGUGCAAGCAUCUGAUGACUGGUGUGACCAGGAGAAGAACUACAGCAUGUUCUUGCAAGGAGUCUUUGAUCACGAAAUGAGAUUUCUCAACAUGGUUACCGGCUGGCCUGGCGGCAUGACCGUCUCCAAGCUUCUCAAGUUCUCUGGCUUCUUCAAACUCUGUGAAAACGGUCAGAUAUUAGACGGAAAUGCUAAAACUCUAUGUGAAGGAGCCGAGGUAAGAGAAUACGUAGUUGGAGGGAUCAGUUACCCGCUUCUUCCUUGGCUUAUAACUCCUCAUGACAGCAAUGGUCCCUCUGAUUCCAUGAUGGCGUUCAACGACAGGCAUGAGAAGGUCAGGUCAGUCGCAGCUACUGCCUUUCAACAGCUUAAGGGAAGCUGGAGGAUUCUGAGCAAAGUAAUGUGGAGACCCGACAGGAGGAAGCUACCUAGUAUAAUACUGGUGUGUUGUUUGUUGCAUAACAUCAUAAUCGACUGUGGGGAUUAUCUUCAAGACGAUGUUCCUUUGUCCGGUCAUCACGACUCCGGUUAUGUAGACCGGUACUGCAAGCAGAGCGAGCCGCUUGGUAGUGAGCUCAGAGGAUAUCUGACUGAGUAUUUGCUUAGGUGAGGAUCUUAACCUUGGGAAUUUGCCAUGUUCAUCUCUUCUCAAAAGGCCGUACUAUGCCCGUUGAACCAUCCAGCAUCAGUUUACUGGUAAGCCCGAGAAAUAUCCGACAAAAGAAUGUUAUGAAACUUUUCUUCAGGUAUCAACACCAGAUUAGCAUCAUGCUUGAUGAAAACAUUGCCAGUUGGACCCACACAAAACGAUUCAUCCUUAAGUGUGAUUUUACCUUACCUUGUGAACUAAUCUUUUGAGAGGAGUUGAGUUUGGCAAUGUAAAUAUUGUUUUUUUUUAUAAAAAAAAAGAUUGGGUGUUUUCUUUUAGUAUUGACUAUUGAGUUUUUGGGUUA